UUUCUUCACUUCCCGCUGUCAGAAAGUGAAACUCUCCCAGCUGGGUAAAACAAGUCCAAGCGAUCACGAGUCAACACGUUUCUUUUUGGAUGUGCUCCUCUCACAGCAAGGUGUGGUGUCAAAAACAACGGUAAUCUUCCACAAAAGCAUGUCUGAUACAACAGACCUCCUCACAUCCAGAGACACACAGCAGGCUCCUGGUGAUGAUGCAUCCUCUCUACCUCCGCCCUACCAAGGAGAGCAACCUCCACCCUACUCUGCAGCCAAAACAGACACAACUUGGACAAAACAGUCUAGCACUGGGUACGAGUCUUUCCGGGACAUCAUCCCAGAACAUCUGUCGGACACAACUCCACUGAUCGCCUCGUCUUCUUUUGAUGACCAGAUAGUGAGGAGAGCGUUUGUUAGAAAGGUGUUCAGCAUCCUGACCCUCCAGCUGUUGUUCACCUUCAGUGUGGUGUGUGUGUUCACCUUCUCCAGCGUGGUGAAAGAUGCGGUGCAGACCAGCCUGGGGGCCUACCUCAGCUCCAUCAUCAUCUUUCUCGUGGUCUCCCUCGCCCUCAGCUACAGCAGAGACUUCAGCCGGCGUCACCCCUGGAACAUCUUGGGACUGGUUGUUGUCACCCUGAGUUUGUCCUACAUGGUGGGAACCAUUGCCUCCUUCCACGACACCACCUCUGUGGUCAUCACUAUGGGAGUAACGCUGGCCGUCACUGUGGCAAUCAUCGUUUUCUCUGCACAGACUCGUUAUGAUUUCACUGUUUGCUACGGUGUUCUGCUGAUUCUGUCCGUGGACCUGAUCAUGUUCGGGAUCUUCUCGACCUUCUACUCCUCCUAUCUCGGUGACAUCGCCUAUGGAUGUUUUGGUGCUCUGCUGUAUUCACUGUUCCUGAUGAUCGACUGUCAGCUGAUGAUGGGGGCGAUGAGCUACCGUCUGAAUCCAGAGGAAUACAUCAACGCUGCUCUCAACAUCUACCUGGACGUAAUGCUCAUCUUCCUCUACCUGCUAGGGAGGAGGUGAAACUGUAUACACGAAAUACAUUUACACAAACACACCAAACUGUACCCACAUGUAGAAUGUACUUUAUUAUUGUGAUUACUUUGUAUAUACUGUAAAUCCUGUUUUAACUGACAAUGAAAGAAUGAUUAUUAUUGUUUACAUAAACAUGUUUUUUUUGUACAAUUGUAACAGUAUUUGUUAUUUUUUGGGAGUUCGUGUUCACACAUACAGAAAUUUGACUCAACAAUUAUCAAAACAGAUGAAAACGUUUACUUCCAAUUUGAGACAUUCACUAGAAUUUAGGUAAUUAUUCAGUAGAAAUGCUCACGUCCAACUUGGAAAGAAAAGAAACUUCCAGAUCAUUAUGUUAUAAAAGUCAGACGAUGAUACUCCAAUAGAUAAGGCCAUUUGUGUUUCAUGACAUUGCAGAAAAACACAUUUGUAUAGAUGUGAGGACGUACGUGAUAUAAAGAAACGUAGACAAAAGAGUAGAGCAAAAAGUCGAGCACAUUUGUUCUUAUAACGUGAACUUAUCCUCUUCUUUUUGACUUAUCAAAGUUACCGGACUAACACAGUCAGCAUAUAUUUGACAGGGUCUCAUCACUUCCUUUAAAAAGAUCGAAGAUGUAAUGUUGUAUUCAGAGAGAAAACACAAUGUAGAAAAGUAGCAUUAAAUUCUAAAUUAACAUUCACAUGUACUUUUUGUGUCUGUUGUUUAAGCAUUGCUUGUAUUACACUUCAUUCAGGAUGUUAAUGUAGGAAUGCAAAUAAUUUAUCUGACAAUCGUGUGAGCUUUAAAUCCAAAAAAUGGCCCAUAAAAUGUCAAACUGGGAAAAAAUGCAAAGUCUAAACAUUCAAAGUCGUACAACCCACAGAUA